AUGGACGUCGUUACUCGAGUAUGCUUCGUCACCGGUUCAUCCCAUGUUUCACCUACACCUACACCCUUAACUUCAGCUACCGCCUCAGUCUCACAAGUCCCCCUCAAUAACAACAACAGUAGUGAUAGUGCGGGAUAUAUCCUGGGUGUGAACGAUAAACUCAUCGUGUUAGCUUUUGGAGCGGUCCUAGCUGCCGUGGCUUUGUAG